AUAAGUAAUGGUUCCAUAUAUUACAAUACCAUAUUUGUUAAAUAUAUAUGAUAUAUCACGAUACAGCAUUCCAAGAAGAAAACAUUAUUGAUUAGAAUUUCCCAUCCAACAACAUAUCGAGGUAUUAUAUCAUUGAGUUAACUUUUCCUUCUUUUAUUGUUCACUGAAACCAUCACAUUUGAUAUCAUAGUAUGGAAGACGUGGCAGGCUUUGAUCCUUGAAUUCAUCACUUGGACCGUCAUUCUGCUUUUAUAAAAGAACCCAAUCUCCAAAAGCCUUGUAUGUGUGAAAUUUUGCCCCACCACAAAAUCUGAGUCUCCUUAUGGCUUGGAUUUUUCUCGCUGUUGCAUUGGUUGGUCUUGCUCUUCUAUUGAGAACAAGGCUAUACAGAAGUCCGAACAAAUUGCCUCCUGGUCCUAGAGGGUUCCCUGUUUUUGGUUGCCUUCAUUUGCUAGGAAAGCUUCCUCAUAGAGAUCUUCGAAGUUUAUCUAAAAAAUAUGGAUCCAUUAUGUACAUGAGACUCGGCCUUGUACCCACUAUCAUCGUCUCUUCUCCUCAAGCAGCUGAGCUCUUCCUCAAAACCCAUGAUUCUGUUUUUGCAAGUCGCCCAUUUGUUCAGGCUUCCAAGUACAUGUCAUACGGUCAAAAGAACUUGGGGUUUGCUCAGUAUGGUCCUUAUUGGCGUAAUAUGCGUAAAAUGUGCAGACUCGAAUUGCUGAGCAGUGUGAAAGUUGAAUCUUUCAGAUCAAUGAGAAUGGAAGAGCUCGGUUUGUUCGUUGACUAUCUUCGAGAUGCUGCAAAAAAACGUGUCAUUGUAAAUCUUAGCUCCAAAAUCUGUUCUCUCAACACAGAUAUGACAUGUUUGAUGGUGUUUGGAAAGAAAUAUAAAGACCAAGAGUUUGACGAGAGGGGUUUCAAAUCUGUGAUACAAGAGGCCAUGCAGAUAGUGGCUAGUCCUAACUUGGGAGAUUUUAUUCCUCAAAUUGCAGUACUUGAUCUUCAAGGGUUGGACCGUCGCUCAAAAGCUGUUAGUAAGAUAUUUGAUGAGUUCUUUGAGAGAAUUAUUGAUGAACAUCUUGAAUCCAGGUAUGAGAAUAAGACUAAGGAUUUUGUGGAUGUCAUGUUGGAAAUCAUGGACUCUCAUGGAACCGAGUAUCAGAUUGAACGGUCUAACAUCAAAGCUAUAAUCCUUGAUAUGCUAGUGGCCGCAAUGGACACUUCUGCCACCACAAUCGGAUGGGCAAUACCUGAGCUCAUCAAACAUCCACAUGUGAUGAAGAAAAUGCAAGACGAAUUACAAAAAGUGGUGGGUUUGGAUAGAAAGGUGGAAGAAACUGACUUGGAUCACUUGCAAUAUUUGGACAUGGUCGUUAAGGAAAUUCUCAGGCUACAUCCACCAGCUCCAUUAUUAGUUCCACAUGAGGCUCUUGAAGAUUGCAUUGUUGAUGGUUUCUAUAUUCCUAAGAAAUCACGUAUAAUAGUAAAUGGAUGGGCAAUUGGAAGAGACCCAAACUUUUGGAUUGACCCAGAAAAAUUCUUUCCUGAAAGGUUUAUUGGUAGUCAAGUGGAUGUGAGAGGGAAGGAUUUUCAAUUGAUUCCCUUUGGAUCCGGCCGAAGAGGUUGUCCUGGCAUGCAAAUGGGUCUAACAGUAGUUCGUCUAGUGAUAGCACAGCUUGUCCAUUGCUUUGAUUGGGAGCUUCCAAAUGGCACGUUACCAGUUGAAUUGGAUAUGACAGAAGAAUUUGGAUUAACUUGUCCCAGAGCUCAAGAUCUAAUGGUUACUCCUAUUUAUCGCCUUAACAACUAAACAAGCCAAACAGUUGCACAUAACUUUCAAAUAAAUAAAGAGUUCAAUAUAUUAUCAGAUUGUACGUGUGAAAUCAAGUGAAAGAUGUGCAUGGUUUGCAAGAUUCAGAAUUCCUGUCAUAAGAAGAGAAGUUAAUAAAUUUGUGCUUGUAUGCUUAGCAAGUAGGUCUGCUUUUGUUGGGUCUCAAUGAAUGGGCCAUCCGCCAAAUGAAAACUGUGUAUGUUAUAGACUCAAACCCUCUCUGUGUUGUCCAAGAAGGUAACCAUUAGCCAUAAUUGCAUUAAAGACAUGUUAUAUGAACUAAUAAACAACGUUCGCAAAUAAA